GUGGACGGUGGACGAUGGCGGCGCCCAGCGCAGCGGACUCCCCGAGCCGGAGCUGGACGAGCGCAGCGGCCGAGGCCCCGCUGGAUAUUGCGGCUCCCGCCUGGGCCGAGGUGGCGGGAGACCCUUCCGCCGAACCUCCCACCCCCAGCUGGACGGGCGGGGCGGCCGAGAACCCGGCGCCUAGCCCCAGCCGGCCGGCCGCCUGCCGCGGGAUCUCCUGGACCCCGGCCGAGACCAACGCGCUGAUCGCUGUGUGGGGGGACGAGAGGCUGCAGGACGUGCUGGAGGGCAACCUGCGUAACUCGCACAUAUUCGACCGGAUCUCACAGGCCCUGCGGGAAAUGGGCUAUGAGAGAAGCGCCAACCAGUGCAAGGAGCGAAUCAAGAGAAAGCAAGAACUUGACUCCAGUUCAGGAGAAAUAAAAACAGGCAGUGGAAACCCACAGCAGACUCUAAAGAGGUGCUAUAGUCGGGUAAAGGAAAGAGGUCGUGGUAAGAGAACCUGUAACUACACGUUUCAGCAGCUGGAGCAGGUCUUCGGGCGGGUGCCUGUUGUGUGGGAACCGCACGCCUAUCAGCCAGUUCUUAUUGACAGCAGCGGACUGUACCAGGACACAAAAUCAGACACUAUUAACCUGGAUGAAAGCCGGGAGGUGCAGCCAACUCAGUUAGAAGACUGGGGGAACCAGAAGCCAGAUUUGCUCAUUAAACAGGAGCUACUUAUGAAUCAGAAGCAAGAAUUGCAGGCUUACCAGAAACAGGAUCUCUCAGUCUACCAGGAUGCAGAUGAGGACAUAGAAGAAAUGAAUUUUGUGAAGAAGAAGCCACCAGCAAGGCACAAUUCUACAGAAAACAUGCAGAAGCCGGAGAUUCUGCAGGCCCUCACAGCAUUGUUAGAUGCCGUCCAGCCAAGAUGGCAGGAGUUCCAAAGUUAUGAUGACCUCAGCAAUACACACUUCACAAAUAAACUCGGAAUCUUUGCCAUUGGUUACAAUACAAGGUGGGUUGAGGACAUCCGGUACCAUUACGCGGAAAUCAGCUCCCAGGUACUGGUUGGAAAGAGACUGAAGGAAUAUUUAAACCCGGAUAAGCCAGAGGGCAAAGUGAUAGCUAUGAAACGUCAAAAAAUGAACUGGAAGAAAGUCUAUUACAAGCUUUUUGAGAUCACUAAAAGCGAGGCACGCUGUCUCGAGCUGCACUUUGCUUUCGAAUGGAUACCCAUCGCACUUUCCCGAGCGGCUGGCGACAACACUAUACAGUAUUUGCUUCCGGGCGGGAUCCCGGACACCAAUGGGCUCUAUGUGAUUGGCUGCGAGGAGGCAGAGGGUGAGGUUUUCUCCCCGCGGCGAGAUUAUGGGAUACGGGUGCUGCCGAGGGUCUCGCUGCGGCGGGAUUCUGGUGGUGCCACCGCAGGACCGUCUCUCUUGGAGAAUGAACUCGCCGACAGCGGUGAGAUGAAGUCAAAAAUUCGCUACUGUUACUUGGGCUUAGCGGAGGAGACAACCAUUCGCCAGUGUAUACUGCAACACUUUCAACCACCUGUCAAGAUGAUGAGCAUAGAGACAUGUACCAUCAACAGCUUCCUCUCUGAAAACUGCCGGGCGGGAGCCAUCUCCAGAUCUAUUUACAUCAAAUUUAUAGAAGUAGAAAAGGAGUCUCUCUCUGCCGGCUGCGUGCUUGAGUGUUUGGAAAAAGCCAUGGGGUAUUCUUUACGAUUCACCAAGUAAAUCCCAACCGUAGCGCACGUAUCCAAUUGUGAUGUGCAAAGAGUUCUGCCUGGUCACAUUUAGAGCUGUAAUAAUGUCAGGGUUUUGAUUUUGAAGCUUCCCACACUCACUGUACUAAGGAUUUCAAUGCUGUAGUGACUGAGGACAGGGAUGGGUGGAACAAAAUUGAAGGCUCAAGACUGUGGGUGGAUUCGAUUGGAAGCACAAGGCAAGAGCUGAAAUCAUGGAGGAAGGAGUUUGCAGUUGCUCGGUUCUGUGGAAAGAAGGUUCAACUCUAGAAAGUGAAUGGUGGAGCUUUGGUACCUUAAAUGUUUUAACGGUCCAAUGUCUUGGUUACUGCCCUUUUAAUGUACAGUGCACUGUACAGUCCUACCAGUUUACCGUCUAGGACACGAAUACAAGCUGUCGAGCACCUACCUGUCACACUGGUCCGGUCUAUUGGGAUGCAUGCUUCACUUGUAUUCUGUUGUCUUAGUGCUGCCCAGCACUCAAAUCCACGAGCCACUCUUGUGAUUUCAUUGGGUUAGGGGCCAAGCUGCUAACUGAUAAACUGAGUAGUCAAUGUGCAUUUUGAUUGUGGGUGGGGAAAGAAAGGAGGAAGGGAAAGCAGAAACUGAAACGGGGCCUCGUCAGCUGCAACCAUGCCUCUUCCACUGAAGUUAGCAAAGAACUGAUGGUGGUGGGUGGGGGGAAGAUAAAUGAAUACAUUCGUGUUGUUCAGGUGGCUGCUCGGAAGUAGCCUUGGGAGGCCAAAGUGUCAAGCAAACCUCCUUUCUGUGGCAAACUAUCAUAACCUUCCCAUUAUCAGAAACAAAGUUCCGUGAACCUCAUUUUAUAUUGGAUCCUGACCCAGCUCUAACCUGCACAGCUGCGAUUGUCCUGGCACUUAGUGAUGUGCGCAGUGCCUUGAAAAUACCCCAGGGUUUGGUUCCAGCAUGUGCUGAACGAUUUUGGGGAAAAUGUGGUGUAAGUAGAUGGCUGGAAGAAAAUGUGUGAAGGAAUAAAGACAGGAAGGCAGCAGAACCCUUAAUGAGGAGAGCCCUGGUGCAAACUAUUCUAUUGGGCUUCCUAAGUAUAAUGAUGGUGGUGAGUAAAGUAACUAGAUGCCCUCCACUGGCCAUUUCUACCUGGAGCAUUAUAAAAUCAGUAAUGCACUUCUACCUAGAUAGAUAUCUGAUACAAUUUAUCAAUUGUACACCUGAGUAUAAGCAACAUCCUGGAAUGAGAUUUCAAUGCAAAGCUUCCCAGAAUGAUUUGUAUCUUAGUGAUUUUCUUCUAAAACAACCCUAAGCUGAUCUCUUCUAUUUUUUGCAGUUUUCCUUUCUAAGCUUAUAUUUAUUAAUUGCAAAACGAGUGCUACUAUUUGACAAUCGGAAGUAAAAUAUACUGUGUUAGGACCAAAUAGUUUGAAAGUUACAGCCGAAGUGGUCCUUUGCAACUAGUUAAAUCUAACAACCCACUGUUCUGACACUGCGUUUGUGGCUGUUUGCAUGAUGGUGUAAUCCACUGGGGUUUCCAUUGCUGUUUGGGUACAUUAUACCCAAAGUGCAGUGCACGUAACUGAGAUGUUGGGGGUGGGGAAUUGAGGCUUUGUGUGUUGCUUUGCACCAUGGAUUAAACCUUUUGUGACUGAUUAACUGUUGAGUUAUGUGGGGGCACUUUUUAUCAAUGUAGAUUCCAGUACAAGUUAACUGCCAAGGUUUUCCCUAUGCAAAAUGUAUCCAGUGGAACCCUUUUGUUCUUUUUUAAUUGUUUUCAUUCUUCAUUGUUUAAAAUGUAGCGCUCACAUCAGUUUUUAUCUUUUGUGGUGUGGUUUCAAAGUUUGAGAUACAGUGAGGGCUCAAGUGACUGAAUAAGAAAAGAACCGCAGCCAUCACACACCAUUCCCUUUGGACCAGUUAUUUUUACUAGAGAGAGCACUGAUCUUGAAAGUGCCUCCCAACUCUGUCUUGUUAAAUACAUUGCAUCCCCCUCCCACCAACUUGGAAAUCUAUAACCUUAUAGUAAAACCCCAUGGGAGGCUUCAGUGGAUCAUUCAACAGUACCUUAAUAUUCAGAAGUGUACUGUUUUCUGGAACAUAACCGAGAUGAGCCCAAAUAGAAAAAAAAUGUUAACAUUAAAAAGCAAGUCCAAUAAAAGAGAAGUCCUGUCAACAAUAUUCUUCUUGCAGUUCCUUACAACCAAUAGGUGGAACUGCAGCAGCUGCAACCUUUUAUUUCCCAAGCUUUAAAAAAAAAUGCUUUCAUCCUUAAUAGUGUGAAGUUGAUUACUCUUCUGGAAACUAGAACAGAACCAGGAAAAUCUCAGGUUUGAUCCCCAGCUUGUGCUGAUUAGGUAGAGAAAUGGUAGACUCAUCAAGGGCCCUGUACCAAGUGGAGGUUGAAAGCAUCAAGUUUCCUGUUACUUUUCAGCAGCAAACAGGAUGGUGGUAUCAGUCUUGUCCUCAUUGACAAUUGAUAGCACACAUCAUUGGAUAUGCUGCAAUAACUGAAUCAGGUUAGGUUAUGAUGCUUUAACUUUAUUCCUGUCCCUCACUCCCAUUAUGGUCAAAUAAUUUGCUGUCACUUACCGGUCUAGGCUUACAUGAAGAAUGGUUAGUUAGGUGAGAUAACAGCAAUGCAAACUGCACUUGAUCCGUUCAAAAGAGAGAGAGAAAAGUGCGACCAUAGCAAAAAGUUAAAGUAUUUUGGGAAUCGUUAGUCUGGAUGGGUGUGUCAGAGACAUUGAAUUUUGGGGUGCAAGGUUAUGCAUGGGAGCAACUAAAAUUUUGAUUAUAUAAAGCAAGAUACCAAGUGAUUUGUUUCUGUACUUGCCACCACACUAAAAUUUCUCUUUAAGGAGUUCAAAGUGUACUUUUCAUUCCCUUCCUACCUGAUGUCAAUUGCAGUGCCGUUGCUCCAUGAUAUUUGCUCGUUCAUUCCUUUUAACCCAAAUACAUGACCUUGACUGACUUUGGUGUUGUACUUUGAGUAGUACUGCUAUAUUAUAGUCAAAAUGCAACUAUUUUAAUUUGCAAUGCAAUUUGUGAGGGAUCAUGCAAUUACACUGAAGACAGGAGCACUAAAAUUAAAUGAAGAGCAUCAAACCCCUCUUUAUCUCUGACACAUUCAGCUAUUCAGGGUAAAUGAGCCCCUAAUCACCUGAGCCCAAAGAAAUCAAACGUGCAAAAUCUCAGUCUACACAACAUUUUCAGGUAAUCAAAAGAACUAUCAGCCCUAUCAACAGGGAGAGAGGUUCAUGGGCAGGGGUUGCGCUUGUUAUUUGAUGGAAACACAAUCAUCAGUGUUUUGCACCGUCCACAAUUCUCAAUCAAACAUGGAAAAAUAAUUGAUGCAAUGAUACUUCAGCAAAGUAUCAUCGUAACCCUUGCAGUUGCCCAGGACUAUGUUUUUAAGAUUUACUGAGGCACUUAGUAAACAUAAGUCUUGAAGCCAUAGAGAUAAGUAUUAAAGCAAAGCCACAUUGCUGCUUUUAAUAUGAAUUUAUGAGAACCAGGCACAAUAUAGGAUGUGUUGAUGAGUUGUUAUAGUGUAUUGCAAUUUUCAUAAGAGAGCAUUUUUAAUAUUGGCUUUUCUCCUGUCAGAUCUAGAAAGGGCAUGAUAAUAUAUUCGUGACAGCAAUAUGGUUAAGAUAUUUUGGAAGCUUUCCCCAGGACAUGUUAUCAAUUUGAGCCAUUGAGUGCAGACCCAAGAGCAUACUGUCAGUUAGAAGUCCUAACCUAGGCAUUAUUCUGUGGAAUCUCUUUACUACAGUGGAACUAAAAGGUGUGACACUUAAAGUUGCAAACAAGAUUUCCAAGAACACCAAAAAUUAAUGAUGCAGGCCGGAUUUGGUGUUCUGUUACUCUGUAGAAGGUGUCUUUAUUGUUAAUUGUGUACACUCACAUAUUUUUAAACAGUGAAACGUCCUAUUGAAGAUACUGCAACAGUGCCAGUUAGAGUCAGGAAGCUCGCUUUGACGAGCAAAAUGUGACUGGUAGUACAGGCAGUUGAGCACAGUGAUGUUGCAAGUCACAAUAACUUGCCCUCUAAACAUUCAGUAACUUACUUGAUAUUCUUAUGUCACCAAGAGUAAGAAUAUUCUUGUAUUAAUCACGUUUUCAAGUUGCUUAGUUGAUCUUGUCUCUCAUACAAGAGCAGGAGUAGACUAUGUGGCCUCUCGAGCCUGCUCCACCAUUCAAUAAUCAUAGCAGAUCUUCUGCCUCAAUUCUACUCUCCUGCUCACUCCCCAUAUCCUUUGAUUUCCUAAGAGACCAAAAACUGUCUAUCUCAGCCUUAAAUAUAUUCAAAGAUGGAGCAUCCACAACCCUCUGGGGUAGAGAAUUCCAAAGAUUCACAACCCUUUGAGCAAAGGAAUUUCUCAUCUCAGUCCCAAAAGAUUUUCCUGUUAACCUGAGAUUGUGCCCCAUUUUCUGGAUUCCCCAGCCAGAGUAAACAACCUUUUAGUAUCUACCCUGUCAAGCUCCUUCACAAUCUUGUAUGUGUCAAUGAGAUCACUUGAAAACUGACGAACAUUCUUUAGAUCCUGUUGCAACCUUGUAGAGCUGUCUCUCAAAUUCUGUAACCGAAGUAAUUGUCUUUCAGUUGGUUAAAAACACCCUAAGUCGAAGAAAUCGUUUUACAGAAUCAUUAGAGGUAGCAUCUACUUCAGGUAAAUGAGCAUCAUUACGCCUUUCACAUUACUGUUUCCUGCUUGAAUAUGAAAAGGAAGCAAUUGAAAAUUCUUAAAGCGUGCUUCUGAAACACUAAACUAACCCACAAAUGUUGUGACUGGGAAAAUUCUGGGUAUGUUGCUAGCUACCUAUGUUGUGACUGUUUCAGUGAUGAGAGGUGGAACUUGGGGUUUAAUUUUGAUGCUUCAUCCUAGGUAACUGCAUAGAUUACCCAGAGCACUCAGUUGAUCUUUUUUAAACUUUCAUUGGACACUAUGUUAGCUUUGAAGUUAUUUAUGCCACUUUGUUGCUCUAAGCUAGAGUUACAUAAAGUAGCAAAAGAGUUGAAAAUUUGUCAUAAAAAACCUAACUAAGAAGAAAAUAGGUUGAUCUAAUUGAAGCCAACUAUCACAGUACAAGCAUGUACAGCUGCGAGCUAGAUAGCUGAGAAAUGGGUUAACCUGGAUAACGUAUGAACACAGUUCUAGAAAACUAUGCAAAUGACCUUGCUGAAACCUUGCUAUGUGGCAUUCGCAUAAACCCUUUAGUUUGGUUUUCAUCCCUGUUUUGCUGCUGAUCCCAAGUGAAACACAAUUUAUAGUCAAGUACAUGCAAAUCAAAUCCAAAUUAAAAUCAUCCAUCUCCCUUUCAGAAGCAACUUCAUACAUAGAUUUGAUUCCAUCCAGCUGAAAAUAGUAUAGUUCCUUUUUCAAGUUUCUCCCUCAUGUCCUGACAAUGUUGACUGUAGUUGGAGUGUAUUACUUUGGGUGGCAGGAGCCCUUCGGUAUCUCGUCCAUCCUUGGAUGCUGCCAGGUGAAGGGCAGUUGAAUCCAAUCUUGAUCUCUCCCAUCAGUGUGUUCACUUUUACUAGUAACAUCAAAGGAUAAUGUUGAAGAACAUUUGCUCAUUUUAUUUUCUCCCCCCAACCCCCAGUCCCAUUAAGGGCACUGAAACCAAUUAUACACUCUGCUAUUACCUAGGGUAUUAGCUCAUAAAAUAUGGCUCAGGAAUCAGAUCUCGAACCUUGUGUGCUUAGUUUAGCUAUGUACCUAAUGGUCCUUGCCCACAAGACCAUUGUGGGGGAGCUUCCAACUUUAUAUUUAGAACACUCUAAAUGAAAUCUCCAAUUUCUCAUUCUUUGGCAAAAUAUUAAAUUCUUAAUUCUGCUGAUUUCAGCAGCUAUCAAAUUAACGUUAUUAAUUGGGUCUGUGAUCCCUCCGUUUAGAAGUACAGUUUGUUAAGUGUGCACAAACAACCUAAUCACAAACUGCUGAUGAAAAGUUUCACUGAUCUACAAUUUGGACAGUCUGGAAACAUUCCAAUCCCACCACAAAAAGUGCAGGACUGCUCUGUACAUAACAUUUCAGCCAGUUAAGGCACCAAUGCUUCGGACCCUGGACCUACAAUAAUCGUGUACAGCUUCCUUUGCUCUUGUGGAUUGUCAGAGUGCACACUAUGUUGAAACUUGCCUAGGUGCAAUGUUCUUACAUAGUGCAAGCAUUCGAAGGUGGGAAUUUUAAGUACUCUGUAAGUUACGUAGGACUACUGGAGUUCCCAUAUAAAUGAAGACCAAAUGAAAGUCAAAAACAAAACCAAAUCACUGGAGAAAAUCCCCAGAGCAAGCCACUGUUCUGAACGAUGACCAACCAGGCAGGCUGAACUGUAUCGUUCUUAGUUUAGACACUGUUGAUCAUAUAAAGAUGAAGAUAUAGUUAGACGUAACUUUAAACAAAAAAAUUGUAUUUUUUACAUUUUUGUGUUUUGAUUUUUCCAAAAAGUUUUAUUUUGGAUGUUUCUUUGCCCUCUGGUAAUUAAGCUGUCUAAAGCUUUGAUUUUAAACAGGGCAGCCAUUCCUCUUGUGUAGCUGACCAAUGAUGCACACGCUCCAGAUAAUACAAACGAUAUGAUGGCCACAUCAGGACAAGGUGCAAAGUUGUUUCAUCAGCAGUUGGCUGAUUGUUGUACUGAUGUCCAAAUAUCCACGUUUAACGGUGGAGUUAAAACCUAACUUUGAAUUUGCAACAAUAAAAGAAAAUCACAGAAUGGCAAAGAAAAACAUGAACAUGUUUUUUUCCCAUUUUUCUUAACUGAAAUAUUAUGUGGUAUUUAUCCCUGCUGUUAUUGAUUAUAUUGUAAUACUUUAUGAAAUGAUUUAUCCUUUAAGAAGGAAAAAAAAAAGCAUCUCUGCUGACUAGCAAAUGCUUGUGACUAAAAAUAAAUAUGGAUUAGAAUGUUGACUCCAAGUGAGAAAGACAUAAGUUCAUCUUUUGGUUCACAAAAUUGGGGGAAUAUAAUCCUCACUCACUGCCCCUACAUAAGAAUGUUAGGGAUUUUCCAUUAUUUUCAAUGGGAACUCCCAGCGGCUUUGGGAAAUUUUGGUGAGAUAUGUCUUGUAUUCUUCUCUUGAUGCAGCAUUAAGCUAUAAAUUAUUAGAUAUUAAAGACCAUUAUGACUU